AUGAGUCCCACAAAUGCCCCACGCGUCCGACCCUACGUGAACGACCUUCACCUCCGAGACAGCAAGAGCGUGCAUCGAUCGCGGACGCGGCUCAGCAAUGGAGGCAAACAGUUGGAGCCCAAUUGGAAACAGAACGUGCCCCAAGCGUCCAGGAAGAAGCAGACCGAAGAGCGCGCAAUGUGGGGCAGGACCGACGGCGUAGUGCCCGAUUCGACAUCGACGAGCCAGACUAAGGGACGGCGUCUUGAAGAAGAUGACGAGGACGGUCGCCUUGAGGACCGGACUGAGCGCAAGAGGCUACGCAAGGAAGCCAAGAAGGCGGCUCGCGACGCAAAAGCAGAUCCGACGCCUCUCUAUCUUCCACAGUAUAUCAGCGUAGCGAAUCUCGCUUCCAUGCUAAGGCUAAAGGCAGAGGAUUUAGUGGUCAAGAUGGAGGACCUCGGGUUCGAGGAUGUGCAGAAGGACCACGUUAUGAAUGCUGAGAAUGCUGGUCUCAUUGCUCAAGAAUACGGUUUCGACCCAAUUGCCCCAGUGGAAGGGGAAGAUGGUGAUAUAUAUCCCGCGGAGGGUGUUGCUCCUGAACUAUACACCGAGUUACCCGCGCGACCGCCAGUCGUUACGAUUAUGGGCCACGUUGAUCACGGAAAGACUACCAUCCUUGACUACAUGCGCUCCACGAGUGUGGCUGCUACUGAAUUCGGUGGCAUCACGCAGCACAUCGGUGCCUUCAGCGUGCCACUGGCAAGCGGCAAGAAGAUCACAUUUCUCGACACACCUGGUCAUUCUGCGUUCGAAACAAUGCGCGCCCGCGGCGCCAACGUCACCGACAUCGUCGUGCUGGUGGUUGCAGCCGACGACUCGGUCAUGCCGCAAACGAUCGAGGCCAUCAAGCACGCCCAAGCAGCCAAGGUACCCAUCAUAGUUGCUAUCAACAAGAUCGAUAAGCAGCAGGCUGACCCCGAUGCUGUGAAACUUGACUUGGGCCGUCACGGUAUCGAGAUUGAAGACUUUGGGGGUGAUGUGCAAGCCAUUUGCGUUAGCGGUAAGACUGGUCAAGGCAUACCCGACUUGGAAGAAGCCAUUUCGACCUUGUCCGAGUUGCUGGACCACCGUGCUGAUCCGUCAUCGACUGUUGAAGGCUGGGUGCUCGAAGGCUCGACAAAGAAGUCUGGUCGUGUUGCGACCGUCCUCGUCCGGAGUGGAACGCUCCGGCAAGGUAGCGUCCUUGUUGCCGGUACAACCUGGACCCGUGUUCGCACUCUACGCAAUGAAGCUGGCGUUGUUGUGCCGGAAGCCGGUCCUGGUAUCGCGGUCGAAGUUGACGGUUGGCGUGACCAACCCAUUGCUGGGGAUGAAGUCCUUCAAGCAGAAAAUGAGCACCACGCCUCUUCCGUGUCUGAAAUACGUGUCGAAAAACUCGAACGUGAGCAAAUGGCUGUCGAUGUGCAAGCCAUCAACGAGGCCCGACGUCAAGAGACUGAACGUCGUGAAGCUGAAGCGGCUGCCGAAAAGGCCGCCGAAAACGGAGAGGAAGAGGUCGCCGUGGAGAUCAAAGACAAGGGCCCCGAGGUGGUUGAGUUUAUCGUGAAGGGAGACGUCUCAGGCUCAGUCGAGGCAGUCAUCGACUCCGUUUCUGCAAUCGGUAACGGGGAGGUCAUGUCUCGCAUUCUUCGCCAUGGUGUCGGUCCGCCCUCCGAAUUUGACAUUCAACACGCCGCCGACGCUCAUGGACACAUCCUCAACUUUAACACCGUCAUUCCACCACAUGUAGCGCGGCUAGCAGAAGAAAAGAGUGUGAAGAUUAUAGACAACAACAUCAUCUAUCGCGUCGUGGAGGAUGUGAAAGAGCUCAUGAGUGCAAAGCUGGCGCCAAAUGUCAUUCAAAAGGUCACCGGUGAAGUCGAAAUCGCAGCCGUGUUUGAGAUCAGCCUUGGGGGCAAAAAACGCAAAAUUACGUCUUUGAGGAACCAGAAGAAAGAUGUCGAGCAGAUGCGCAAGGAUACCGAGUGUGGUAUAAGUUUCGAGGGCUGGGACGAUUUCCAAAUCGGUGAUCGCAUCCAGUGCUACGAGGAGAGAUUUGAAAAGAGAACCUUGUAA